AUGAAUUGUUUUCUAAUAGUUUUUCCUCACACGCUAUCUGUGAGAGUUGCAGUAGUGCUCGUGCUCGAGCUCGUGCUUGUGCUUGUGAAUGUAUGGAGUAUUACGAGUAGCAAUGAAGAAAGAAGUGGGCAAUGCAUAGAGAGUGAGAGACAAGCUCUUCUUGGGUUUAAGAAAGGCCUUGUUGAUAGAGACAACCGUCUAUCCUCUUGUUGUACCUGGAAAGGAAUCAGGUGUGAUAACUUAUCUCAAACUCAUCAUAUUGUUGUCCUUAAUCUUGGUAGCAAUUAUUUGCAUGGUGAAAUUGGUCCCUCGUUGAUUGAAUUGAAACAAUUGAGGCACCUCGAUCUUAGCUUCACUAUAAUUCCAAAGUUUAUUGGCUCUUUAACAAGACUCCGAUAUCUCUAUCUUGACUAUAAUCCUUUUAUUGGAGCUAUUCCUUCUCGUCUUGGGAAUCUUACCAGAUUGCAUUCUCUCUAUCUUGGUUGUGAGGGUCAAUUGAAAGCUGACAAUCUCAAAUGGCUUUCUCGUCUCACAUCCCUCAGAGAUUAUAGUCUAUGGGGAAUUGAUUUAUCCAAAGCCAUAGACUGGUUUCAAUCAAUUAAAGCAGCCCCCUCCUUGUUAAGUUUGGCAAUAGAGUUUUGUCAACUUCCGCAAGUAGAUCUCUUGUCUCCAUCUAAUAAAAAUUCUUCUGAUUCUCUCACAAAUCUUUUUGUCUUCGACAGUUCCAUACAUCCUACAACAGUUCCUUCGUUGUUCAAUGUGAGUAUCAAUCUUGUUAACCUCACCCUAUAUUUUAGUAACGUCAGAGGUCCUAUUCCAAAUUCGUUUAAAAAUAUGAGAAAUCUUGAAAAAAUUUACUUACGUGGGAUUGGAUUUGAAGGAGAAAUACCAAAUUCAUUGAGAAAUCUUUGCACCCUUAAACAGUUGUCUUUGAUUGGGAACAUUUUCAAUACAACACUCCAUGAUUUUUUAGAAUGGCUUAGUGGUGGCUGCACUAAGGAUUCUUUAGAAAUUUUGGAUUUGUCGUCAAACCAACUACGAGGAUCCAUUCCUGAAAUGAACUCAUUUCCCAUAUUUCUAAGAGAAUUACGAAUUGGAGAUAAUCUAAUGAAAGGACCACUCCCUAGUCUUUCAAAGUUACCAUACCUAAGAGCGUUGGAUGUCUCUUCAAAUUCCCUUUCUGGUCUCAUCUCUGAAGUUCACUUUCACAAUCUCUCCAACUUGGAGAAACUACACUUGUCUUCGAACUCCUUAGCAAUAAAAUUUAACUACACUUGGAUUCCACCAUUUCAACUAACUUCUAUAGGGUUGAGCUCUUGCAAGUUAGGUCCCAAUGAGAUCCAUUAUCUUGUUCUUUCACACAAUGAGAUCAAAGAUACUAUUCCAAUGAAUUAG